AUGGUCCUACCUGGAGCCUCUGGCAAAAAGCUCCAGAAAAAUAUUGCCAUAUCUAAUGAAGCAAAUGACAAAGAAGUGGGGUUGAGGUGCAAAGAGGGCUACCAAGGAGUCCGCUGUGACCAAUUUUUGCCGAAAACGGACUCAAUCUUGUCAGAUCCAACAGACCAUUUAGGAAUUGAAUUCAUGGAGAGCGAAGAGGUGUACCAGCGCCAGGUGCUGUCUAUUUCCUGUAUCGUCUUUGGCAUAGUCGUAGUGGGCAUGCUUUGUGCAGCAUUCUACUUCAAAACAAAGAAACAAACAAAGCAAAUACAUGAACAGCUGAAAGAAACACAGAAUAGGAAAACCUACAGCCUAAAUGCUUCCAGCAUGAUGGCAAAGUCAGAGUGUAUGGCACAAAGCCAAGUCCAGCUGCAAAAUUAUUCAAAAACAGAUAGGCAUCCUGGGCCUAUUCUUCACAAAGUUAUGGAGUCUAGUUUUUCAGGCCCUCAGUCUUUCCCAGAGGCCUUGUCUCCUGACAGAGGAACCCAGCCCAUCAAGCAACAUAGAAGUCUCUCUUCAUGCUGCAGCCCAGGACAAAAAAGCGGGAUGCUGCAUAGAAAUGCCUUUCGGAGGACUCCUCCCUUACCUCGGGGUAGGUUCAAUGGGAUUACAGGACCAGCAUAUCAACAGCUAGAAGAGUCAAGGAUCACAGACCAGGACACAAUACCUUGUCACGGGUAUUCAUCCAGUGGUUUAAAAACUCCUCAGAAUACUCCAAUAAAUAUGCAACUGCCUUCAAGAGAGACAACCCCUUAUUUUAAUAACAUGGAUCAGAAGGACUUGGUCGGCUAUUCAUCUUCAAGGGCCAACUCUGUUCCCAUCAUCCCGUCUGUGGGCUUGGACGAAGCCUGCAUGCAAAUGCAAAAUGUUUCUGAAGUAACAGGCAUCAAGUGGUGCAAAAACUCCUAUUCAGCUGAACUUGUCCAUGUGAGUUCCCCAGUCAGUAAUUGUCUUAUAGCAGAACAACACGAAGUGAAAAUAUUGCUAGAAACUGUGCAGGAGCAGAUUCGAAUUCUGACGGAUGCAAGGCGGUCGGAGGACUAUGAACUGGCGAGAGUAGAAGCAGAGAACAGCACGAGUGAAAACACAGCCUUUCUGCCCAUGAGCCCCGUGGCCAAGUCAGAGCAAGAGGCACAAUUUGUCUUAAAAAGUGAAACGCAAAGAGACUCGGUAUUGACCAAGUGACUUUGUGUAGGGAUUUUGGGAGGGGAAACGAGAUCUGUGCAUUUGAUGCUUUGUUAAACAGGAAGGGAGGAAAUUAAGUACAAAUUAUUUAUAUGCAUUAAUUUAAGAGCAUCUACUUAGAAGAAACCAAAUAGUCAAUCGCCCUCAUAUCAUAGUGUUUUUUAACAAAAUAUUUUUUUAAGGGAAAAGUUCCAGGAGGGAUGGCGUAUGCAUCAGGUGCUUUCUAGGCAGGAUUACACAUAAAGUUUCGGUUACAGAGCAUUUUACCAUGGUCCUCUUUAGCUGUCCAAAGUCUUAGGCUAUGCAUCUUUUUUUUUUCAGUAAAGGCCAAGACCAGUCUUAGAUUCAUUUCUGGUUUCAGGGCAGCGCUGCAGUCAGCUGCUUCCCAGGGACUCAGACCGUGCAGAGCAAGUCCUACGACCCCACCAGAGACCCAGUACCCUCUCCCCCUCUCCUCUUGGUUCCAGGUUCACACCAUGGCACGCAGACGUCUACUUCUGAGGUUUGGUACCUACUGUGGAAUGAGAAUAAAUCCCUAAAUUGAGGCAGACACUUAACCUUCAACCUUACUUUAAUGUGUCACUAAGCCCAAGAAAGUCAAUGGAAACAUUUAGGAUCUUUGUCUUCAGCCAAGUGUGGAGUGGGAUUGGGGUCUGUAUUGGUAUGAUAUAUACUAUAGGGUAGAGAUUCAGUGGUUGGGAACCUGCAGGUGCUCCAUUUUCUGAGCUUUGACUAUCAGAGCAGCAUUAGUGGAGAGUGAGGAAAAACAAAAAGUCCAAAAGCAUUUAUUAUGGCAGGUUUGGAUUUGAUUUGGGGUUUUUUUUGAGUGGGAACAUAAAUUUUGUUGUUCAUUAAUAACCCCUCAACAUUUCUAAACUGGUAUACUUUGAAGGCAUUUGUAAGCUCUCAAGGAGCACUUCUGAGUGUGUGUGUAUUUUUUAACUCAUUUUUUAUUAUGGGCUGUUCGGAGAAGAGUCAGAAAGAUUCAGUAUGAUCAAAAUCCAGCUGAUAAGUGUCCACACUGCCCUAAUUUGUUCCCACUUUCAGUUCUUCAGUCGUUUCAAUUAAUCAUGGCUUAGGCUUGUGAACUUUAAAGCUUCAACCCUGCAGAUGGUUCUGUAUGGGCAGACCCACAAGCAUGCACAGAUAUGAUUGUAAUUGAGCUAUAUAAGAGCAGAUGGUUUCCACCAAAUCACUCCCUGCAGGGAAUCAAGGCCUUGGAGAAGAAAUGUAAUUUCCUCGUUGCCAUAUCCCAAUCACAUUAUAAGCGUUUUUUUGCAUUUACUUUCUGUUG